AUGUAUACCAUUACUGCAGCUUUCGGUUUCAUAUGUGUAUCAAGUAACAGUCCAGUUCAGGGAAGAAAACUCGAUUUAGGUUUGAACACAGACAUGAAUACCCUAACACUGGAGCAGAUAGAAGAUAGAUUUUUGGUGUCAAGGAAGACCGGAUUCUUAAUAGAUUGUUCCCAUGUUAAACUGGAGAAAUGCUGGGGUCCAUUCGAGGAAGUUGCUGAACAACUGACCAAGAACGUGGAAAACAAGAUAAUACGACAGAAGAUUGAGAAGCUAAACGGCGAACAUGUCAUUCCUGAAGACAAGUUAGAACAGAUAUGCUUACACAAGAUACUGUCAUUUUUGUCUGCUGGAUACAUUUGGCAGGACGGGGAGGAAACCGUACCAAAGAAACUUCCCAAGUGUCUGUCGUUCCCACUUAGACGUGUAUCAGAUGCCCUAGGGAUGCAGCCAAUUUUAAGUUACCCAAGCAUGAUUCUAGGCAAUUGGCAAAUUGGAGACCCCAAUGAAUCUUUCGAGUUCCGGAAUCUAAACGCAAUGUAUCAGACCCCGGGAGGUGACGGUGCAGAAUGGUUUAUCCUUACUCAUGUCAUCAUCGAACAAAGGUUUGCACCGGCAUUAGAGGCUAUCGUUGACGCCAUGAAGUAUUCAACACCAGGUUCCGAUGAUAACAUAGAACUGACAAGAGCCCUUAAUGUUAUACCAGUCGUGAUGAUUGACAUGAUGAAAGCAUUCAAACAAAUCAAAGACGGAGUACACCCAGAGCAAUUCUAUGAUGAACUGCGGAUAUUUUACACGGGCUGGGGCGGAGGAAAGGAGCCGCUCCCCGAGGGUCUCAUUUAUGAAGGAGAAUAUGACGACAAACCACAAUCGAUGAAAGGUGGAAGCGCUGCUCAAAGCACAACCUUACAGAUACUGGACGCAGCAUUAGGAAUCACACAUGACGGGGAUCAAAAAAAGUUUCUUGACGAAGUUAGAGACUACAUGCUGAGAGAACAUCGUGAAUUUUGUUCCUAUGUGUGGAGAAACAGUAACAUCAGGCGUUACGUGGAGCGUUGCAAUUGCGAGGAUGUGAGGAAAGCUUACAAUAAAUGUAUUAAUGCGGUCCGGGGCUUCCGAGGCCUUCACAAAGACAAGGUGAAUGAUUAUAUACGAAAACCUUCUGAGAGGAAAGAUCGAAACAAACAAGUAGAAGGAAUAAAAGACACCGGAACAGGCAGCACACCCUACCUUAUAUUCCUGAACAAAGUCAACGAGGAUGCUGAGAAGUGCAAUUUACCGUAUUGA